AGAUAGUGCACAAGGUAAAAAAAGUGAAAUCAGCCCUUGGAAAUGUUGGUGGUGAAGGAACCUCUUAGCUUCACACCUUAAUAUUGGUGAUUAUGGGAAGCAUCAGUCUGAGCCUCAAGGCCUUGGACUGCCAUUUUGGGAGGCAAGGAGUUAGUUGGGGAUGGAAAGACUGUAGUUUGUAUUCUUUCUGCUCUGUUACCCAUUGCUAUCUUCAUGGAUCUGACACUCUGUUUAUCUGACAGUGCACUCAGUACUGCUUCGCCAGGGAAAAUUGCACAAAACAAGCCCAGUGCAUCAGCAUUUUCAUUGUGUAUUAAGCUGAGCCUCCCUUCACAUGGUCACAUCCCCUUUUUAAUCUGGGAUUCCAUGUCCCUUUCCCAGUCCAGCCUUGUUUCUGUGGUGUCUAUUGCUGGUCUCCCGGAGCUUCUGUUUCUGUGGUUUGAGUAUUUUUUGUGUGGCUGAGUGUUAAGACCUGCAGGACUUUUGGAAGUGGCGUUGUUUGGGGGUUAGGCAAUACACUGAUUUAGUGUUAGUAGUUUGUCACAGACUGAGGUGAUGGCUGCGUUCAAGUUGGAUUUCCUCCCAGAGAUGAUGGUGGACCAUUGCUCAUUGAAUGCCAGCCCUGUUGCAAAGAAAAUGAAUGGCACACUGGAUCACCCAGACCAACCUGAUCUAGAUGCUAUCAAGAUGUUUGUGGGUCAGGUCCCACGGAGCUGGUGUGAGAAGGAUCUAAGAGAACUUUUUGAACAGUAUGGUGCUGUCUAUGAAAUCAAUGUCUUGAGGGACAGGAGCCAAAACCCUCCUCAAAGCAAAGGGUGCUGUUUUGUUACAUUUUAUACCCGUAAAGCUGCACUAGAAGCACAGAAUGCUCUUCACAACAUGAAGAUCCUCCCAGGGAUGCACCAUCCUAUCCAGAUGAAACCAGCUGACAGUGAAAAGAGUAAUGCAGUAGAAGAUAGAAAGUUGUUUAUUGGAAUGAUAUCCAAGAAGUGCAAUGAAAAUGAUAUCCGAGUGAUGUUCUCCCCCUUUGGACAGAUUGAAGAAUGCAGGAUAUUACGUGGCCCAGAUGGCCUGAGCCGAGGUUGUGCAUUUGUGACUUUUACAACAAGAGCCAUGGCGCAAACAGCAAUCAAAGCAAUGCACCAAGCACAAACCAUGGAGGGUUGCUCUUCUCCCAUUGUGGUAAAAUUUGCAGACACACAAAAGGACAAAGAGCAGAAACGAAUUGCUCAGCAACUCCAGCAACAAAUGCAACAGAUCAGUGCUGCCUCAAUAUGGGGAAACCUGGCUGGUCUCAACACACUUGGACCCCAAUACUUAGCACUUUAUUUGCAGCUCCUUCAGCAGACAGCAGCUGCGUCAUCUGGGAACCUGAACACACUGAGCAGCCUCCACCCAAUGGGAGGACUGAAUGCGAUGCAGUUACAGAACCUGGCUGCAUUAGCAGCUGCAGCCACUGCAGCUCAGAAUACACCGAGUGGUACCGCUGCACUCACUUCCUCCAGCAGUCCCCUGAGUGUGCUCACCAGUUCAGCAGGUUCCUCACCUAGCUCCAGUAGCAGCUCCUCUGUUAAUCCAAUGGCUUCUCUUGGAGCAUUGCAGACACUGGCAGGGGCCACAGCAGGCCUCAACGUUAGCUCUUUAGCAGGAAUGGCAGCCUUAAAUGGAGGACUCGGCAGUGGUGGUCUCUCAAAUGGGACAGGUAGCACAAUGGAAGCUCUCACGCAGGCUUAUUCUGGAAUCCAGCAAUAUGCUGCUGCUGCAUUGCCCACCCUCUAUAACCAGAGUCUCUUAACCCAGCAGAGUAUUGGUGCAGCAGGAAGUCAAAAAGAAGGUCCAGAGGGAGCCAAUCUGUUUAUCUACCAUCUCCCCCAGGAGUUUGGGGAUCAGGAUCUGCUGCAGAUGUUCAUGCCAUUUGGAAAUGUCGUCUCUGCCAAGGUCUUCAUUGACAAGCAGACCAAUCUAAGCAAGUGUUUUGGUUUUGUAAGUUACGACAAUCCUGUGUCUGCACAGGCUGCCAUUCAGUCAAUGAACGGCUUUCAGAUUGGCAUGAAGCGUCUGAAAGUACAGCUCAAGCGCUCUAAGAAUGACAGCAAGCCAUACUGAGCGCCCCUCCCCUCCGGGACUGGAGUGAGAAGGAUCUUCUGGUAAGUUGGAGAGGAGCGCACUUAGUGAUUCGAAGCCCUAAGGCUGUGUUUUUACAGUCCUGGAAGCUGAUCCAUGCCUUCUAUCUGGCACAUCUUCCCCUGAAGACUCGGCUGCAGCCUCUGCUGAGAAUCCCGCUUCGGAUGGAGGACAAGUUUGUGCUUUUGUUUCCAGUGUUUUACUUUGGAGUUUAGGUGCCAUAUCGCUGAGGUGUUUCUUUUUUAUUUUAUUUUAUUUUUAUUUUAUUUUAUCUUAUUUCUCUUUUAUUUGAAGUUUGCUGUGUUUGUAACCAGUGUGUGUUGAGAAGGACCAAUGCCAGCUCCUUGGGGGUGGGGAGGCAAGGUUAAAGGGAGCAGCAGAAACUGACACCACACUGCCUUGGGCUAGAGAGGAGAAGAGGGAAGCAGAACUGACACCACACCACCAUGGGCGAGAGGAGAAGGGAAAGCAGAAAUAACACAGAACAGCUGAUGAAAACAAAAGAUGGGGAAAGAGAAGUGAGUCCAUCCAACUUUGGGUGAGCAAAGAAUUGACUCCAUGUAGCCAUUGUCAUGCCCCAUCCACUCUUUGAAGUUUCCUUAACUGUAUGCCAUGGUGGGGGGUUAGUAAAUCAUCUCUAAAGCAGGAGACAGUCUAGAAGGGUGAACACAUUAACAAGCCAAAGGAAAACUGCAGUGACUUUAUUUUGCUGUAUAUAAAGUAGUGUUUAUAUAGCACUGUGAAUGUACACAGCACUUUAUAAAAUUAUUAGAUAAUAUCCCUGCCCAGAAAAUUUCACUGUCCAUUUACAGUUGAAUAUUAAUGAGAUGCAGUGAAUUACUCCAUAUUUAAGCAAACUUAUUCUAUGUACUCUAUCUAGGUUUUGUAGAAAGGUAUAGAGACAGCUUAGUCUGGAUGAAAACAUCUGAGGCUGGAAACGAGAAACUUUUUAUCCCUGGUAACCUACAGAUUUUUUUUGACAAUUUUUCUUCUUAACAGUUCAUCCAUUUCUGUGGAAUUCCCCAUAUUCUGUGGAAUAAUGUCCUUUUGCAGAGUAUUACUUUGAAUUCAUUCUUAUAAGCAUAAUAUAAGUGCUGUUUGUUUCUCUAUUAAAAUGACUUCAAUUGAGAUACAAAGCCCAGAGUUACACUAACACAGCUCUUGAGGCUCCUGUUUCAUAUAUGUUCUUAGAGGAUUUGAUUUCUCAGUCUUAACUCUGUUGCAAAGAUAACUUCCUGUUGUGUUUUGUUUUCUAAACAAUCUGUGCAGUGAUUUGGUCUAGUAAUUAGGUAUUUAUUUAUACUGCAGUUUUCCUUUAAGGUGGUGUGUACCAAUGCAAAGCUAUAACACAGGAGCUGUGGAACCAGAGCAGAGCAUUGAGCCAUUCAGUCCUAUUCUGCUGUUUGGUACUAGCUGUUAUCUUCUAUAUUGAAGGAAAACUGAACACACCCCUUCAAUGAACACACGCUUUCUCUGCACACUUGUGAAAUUGCUAAUGCGUUGCUAAGGGCCUUUGUUAUACACUGGUUUUAGGGGGCUCAAAGGACUUUUGACACUCUGGCCUGAGUUUUAAGAAAUCAAGAGUAGAGUCCCAUUUUAUAACCACCAAAAUCCACCUCUGUCACAAGAGGAAGUUUACAAUUUUUGUGUGUCUUUAACAGAAGUUCCAUUUACCUCAUAUUUUCUCCUUUUCCUUGUUUUAUUUGUAUUGCUGGUUUGUGAUGCUGUUUCCCAGUUAACAUUGCAGGCUGGGAGCCAGAUUGUGUGUGGGUCAGAUGUAGGGUUGAGACAUCCUGUUCUGCUCCAGCAGGAGGAGCACUAAACCCAUCAAACCUGAGAUCCCGUGGUCUGCUGGGAGUGUCAGUGUUCCCAGAGACAGGGCCUCUUGGGAUCUCAAACCUCAGAAGUACCAGGCCUGACCCGUAGCAUCCAAGAAGAGCCCUUUCCAUUCUUAAAUUGAAAAUCAAACCGUUGAUGCCAGUCUGUCUGUAUUGAUGGCAGACAGCAAUCUAUCAGUAUUAUUCAAAUCAUUUUGUGGUGGCAAAGGUUCAGAGGCCAGAUUGCCAAAUUUCCCGGUUAUGCUGGCAUGUGGUACCCUUCCGUGUUAAUUAUUUGAAUCUCUCUAGAAACGUGAACAUACACUUAAGUGAACCAUGUACACUUGAAUUCUGCAUGAUGGGAAAGAUGUGUCCUGGUUUUCUGAGAAAAGAGUGUUGGAGUGUGAAGGCCUCCAGGGUGAUAAUGGGAUUUUUUUUUUUUUUAAAUAUACAUAAUAUACUUUUCAAAAAAAAAAAAAAGAAAAAAAAAGAAAAAAAAAAGAAAAUAAACCAACAACAUAUUUGGGAGCAACUGCUCCAAGUGCAACCUGCUGUAACCAAGAAUGUUGUUUCUAUUUUUAUAGAAGUUUUAUACUGCUCCAGGGUGGAGAAUAUUUAUUACCUAAAUUAUUUCACUGGAAAAGACUAAAAAAAAAAAAGGCCAGGGUUUUGUAGAAUCCUGAAUGUGAUUGUUUUACACACAUAAUGAUGUGCAUGAUUGAAACUACUGAUUUUCAGUGGCCUGUUUGCAGCCCAAUAACUGCUAAAUGGGGAAGACGAACGCUGUGAACCAGUGGAGGAGAGCACUGUGCUCUGGGGUCUCUACAGUCACUCUUACCUUCUUUGCACCCUGCCCCACUGUACUAUCCAAGACCUUCGUCCUGUCUUUCUUUUAACCUGAUGCUCUGGCCUCUUUACGAGUCAUUUCAGUCACCCAAAAGUAGAUAUUCUAGCUCUGCAUCCUAUAGUGUGUCCUCAAUACUGUACCUUAUGGAUCAAGCUUGGCAUUGUUGCAAAUAGAUGCAACUCCUAUUGACAUUAGGAGAUUGACCAGUUUACACUGUGGCUUAGUUUGAUCAGUGACUCCUCCCAGACAUAAUCACCUUAAGACACCUAACUUGGGCUAGCUCUUGUGCCUUACUGGCAUAACUGUAAGUAUUGCCAAAAAGAUAAGAAAAAAACCAAACAAAUCUAUGCAGGUUAAAUUUUAAAAGGUGUGAUCCUCAGAUGGUUUGAAUCAAUGCAGUUCUGCUCUCUUCAGAAGAGCUGCAUCAGUUUUCACCAGCUGAAGAUGUUGCCCUCUUUGUGUAUUUGUUUCAGAUUUCCCUUUCUUGGUGUAUCUAUGUAUAUGUUGCCAAAGUUAAUAAAUGUAUCGAGUUUGUGACUUGGGCAGAUUUUUUUCUGAUAACAGAACUGAUCAGAUAAAGUCAAUAUUUCUGUGUCUGUUUGGUGGCUGCCACUGACUCUGGAGAUUUAGGCUCUUCUUUGCCUUCCAGUCUUAAGACAGGUUUCUUCCUCACUCAUUGGCAAGGAAGUCUGGGAUUUUGGGGACUUGGGGCUUUUAAAUUUUAUUGUAUUUUUAAUUCCUAUCAUGCUCUCAUUCAAGUGCAAAUCAAAUCAGUGUCAAAUGCUUUAUAUCCUGGAUAGUAGGAUAAGAGUUGGGUGAGUUCAAAUGAACUGCAGAAGGAUUGGCUUAAGUAGCCACAUGGGCAGAGUAUUCUGUAUGCUUAUAAACCAAAGAAUCUGAAUUUUCUACAACAAAAGCUAGUAGGUCUUCUGAUGAAAUGGAAUUCCAUAUUACAUGUGCCACCAGGAAAUACUUAAUAUUUUUAGAAACGAGACAGAAAUGGUCUACUUCAUAGAUUUGUUUUCUCACAUUUGUUUUUACUAGAUAUGCCAUAAUAAGAUAAAAGUAUUGUGAACAGUUGAAGUCUUGGUCUGAUGCCACUUAGUAUCAAGUACUGUAGUAAAGAAAAUCAUAGUCUUCAGUGCCCUCGAUAAUCAACAGUCCAAAAUAGGAUUAUCUCUUUGUAGCUUAGUUUUUUCUUCCAGUAAUACAAAACUUGCAUUAUUAGAAAAUGCUUUUCAUAUAUAGUGAUUAAAUUUUAAUCCUAAACAGAAUGAGGAUUGGAAUUUUUUAAAAGUACCUGAGACAGUGAUGGUGAGUAUCUCUAUAUUUUAAUACUGAGGCAGUUUACUAGCUAUGGGCACUACUCACUGGAAAAUAGGUGCCUCGGAAAAUUUCUCGCUGGCAAAUAUAUCUAUAAGGAGAAAGCUUUUCAUCUGAAUACUGAAACUCCACGUAGUAUGAUAGAUUCUGCUUGCAUGAUAGAAUUAAUUGAAGUGUUUCUUCUAGUUAAUGGUUGUGAGUUAGGGAAGAGCAGCCAAGCAGAAUGAAAUUGUCCCAUUUCAUUUGGAAAUGUCUAAAAGCAAUUUGGAUAAACCAAAUUUCAAAUAAAGGGUGCAAGCAUGAACACAUAAAACACACAAGAAGCUUUGAGAGCUGCUUGUUGCAAACAUUUAAAUGUAUCUACCACAAAAUAUAAAACACAGAAGGCAGAAUCAUCACACUUGCGAUAAUAAAACAAGGACAAACUGGAAUAACUUUCCCCAGGUUAUUAAGUUCUUAUCCAGCAUCUCACGGCUUUGCUCUUGCAGGCCAGUGUUUCCUCAGGGCUUUAAUGAAACUUAGUCUUUCUCCUCAAAUUUGCUGAGCGAAAUAUUUGAAAAAUCCCUAUAAAAAAAAAAAACCAAACAAAUCACACAAAGAAUUUCUAUGGUACAUGCUUACAUGUCACUUGAUUUCAUGCCUCGUUCCUCAUGCCUCAGUUUGUGAUGAAUUUGCCUUUCUGGUUUAGGAUCCCAAAAUGUUCCUUAUCUCUUGCAGCUCACAAGCUGAGGGGAGAAAACAAAGGUAUUUAUAUCACGUAAUAUAACAAUUAUUUAUAAAGUCUUCAAGAAAGCUUCAGGAAACACAUUUUUUUUCUACACAUCAAACUGGCAACAGUGACUGUAGAGCUUCUCAGAGCCCAGAAUCCCCUCCUCAUGAAGUCAGGGAGCUGGGAAUGCAAAAUCCCUGUGUAGGCCUAAUGGCAUGAAAAGUGCUCAGCUAGGACAAGUCUUAACUUGCAGUCAAGUCUUAAGGAAUUCUUCUCUGAGAUAUGGAGGGUUUGUCUUGUAUAAUUAUUUUUCCCCUUCCCCCUUGUUCCAAAUCACCCACCCCCAGUUUCAUGGGCUCCUAGGGAAUGAGAAGGGACUGUAGCUGAAGGAAAGAACAUGGAUUUCCUGGGCUACUACUGCCUAAGAACUUCCCACAUUAGGGUGCAGGAAAAGUCUCAGCCGUCAAACCACCUGUGAAUCCCUUAUGUCCUCUGUCUUGUCUCUCAUGGUCUCAGUCUCUGUGGGCAAAUGUUAGCCCUGGAGCCAUAUUUUUUGGAGUUGGUCUCCUGGGGAGGGAGCUUGCUCUGUUCUUCUCCUUAACAGAGCUAGUGCAGACACUGGGCACAGGGCAAGGCAAAUGCAUGCUAACCAAAGUGCUCUGGGCUGUGGAAAGCUCCCCAGACUGGGUGUUGAGAGGGAAAUCCAGGCCUCUGCUUCAAUUUGGUUUCUGGCAGUUUGAUGUUUACUUGGUGUCCUUCAUGUACUUCGACUUUUACUUGUCCAUCGUUGGCAUGUGCUGCCCUUCCCUGUCAACUCCCUUCCCCAGGAGAUCUCAUUGUACAGUGCCCAUUCUUGUUCUCUCUCUCCGUGUUUGGAUGUACUGCUCUGUGUAACUCAGUGGGUCUCCCUCUUUCUGGUUUGUUUUUUUUUCUAGAUUCCUGCCGUUUGUUCAUCGUUGUGCCUAAAGCAUGUCGAUGUGGCGUUCAAGUACAUCGUCCAAAUCCUUGUCUCUUCAGCUUCUCUGAUGCUUGAACUCUCACCUUUGACCUUGUGUUCACCUUUGAUGCUGAUGUGUAUUUUUAUUACGUUUGUUUCUUUCUUUUUUUGUUUUUUUUGGUUUGUUUUUUUUUUUCUUUUUGGUUUUAUUUUAUUUUCGUGCUGCCAAAUUGGUUUUGCUAGAAAGACUGCUGCAGGGGAAUAUUUAAACUUGCAUUUGAAUAUAAAAGAAUUUCUAUUUUUCUAGACCUUCGUAAGAUAACCACUUGAUUUUGUGAAUCUGAUUCUUUGUAAUUGUCUUCAGAGCAGCCUUGCUAGCAUACCUUGUGAGUAUUUGUAUUUCUGUGAACAUACAGCCAAUCACUUUCUAGGCUUAGGGGUUUUUUUCUGUGUGCUUAGUUGGGAAAAAAACAUAAAACACCACCGUUUCGAAGAGAAAGUCAAUUCUAUGGUGUGACUCAAUCUUUCAGGAGACUUCCUAGUCACAUUUUGCUGAUCUGGUUUCUGUGCUUGAGGAGACAGCAUGUGUUUUUAUGAGUUCAAACUUGUGACUUGAGUGGCAUCAGCAGAAAACACUUGAACUACAUUUUCUUCUGAUUGUAGCUACAUUUUUUGCCCAACAUUUAUUGAUUUUUUUUAUUAUUAUUAUUAUUUUUAUUUUUCCCCCCUGCUUCCCUAUGUGAUUAUCAGUCUGCAGUGAAAAUUUGAUCAAAGUUGAUGUUGUAUUUUGUUAAGCUCCAGCAUGCUUGGGUUCUUUUUUGUAACUACAAUCUCCUCAGCAAAAUGUGAUGUUUCUGUUUUAAUCUUUCAAACUAAGAUAGUGCCCAGAAAUGUUUUGCAUGUUUCCUGCUGUUUUCUUCACACCCUCGUAUAUAUCACCUUCACCUCUCCGUUUUCUAUAGUUUGUGCAAAAACUGAGCAAUUUAAUGGGUUUCAAAGGUAUCCUUUAAAUUGGUGGUUUUGGUAUGACAAUUAUCUGAUCAGAAGCCACCUGAGGGCAUCUACCUGUGCACUUAGACUGUCUGCCUGACAGAGCACCUGGACCUUGCUCCAUCUCCAGUGCUGUCAGAGGCGCCUAGGGGCUUGGCUGCACUGUUCUUGUACUGGAAAUUUUGGUGGAAGGAGAUAGCUGGGGAGCAGGAAGGUGGGGGAACUUCACAGUAUUUCUGCUUCCGAAGUUAUCUGAAGCUAGGGCUCCAUUGAAACAUCUUUUGUAUCAUUCAGGGCAUAUUUAUGUCAAAUCCAGCCCCAGUUUAAUACCAUCAGUCAGACCUUGAUGGCAGGAUCCUGGAAAGCAGGAUCUAGGUUAGCUCUUGCAAUAAAGUGUUGGAAAUAGCCCGGAGAAAGCAUUUGUAAACCUGGUCCUACAACUGCUGGCUCUUUUCCCAAGCGACAAGCACAAUACAACAGCCUCUGCAGCUGUUACCUGAACAGGGUACCAUCCCCAGCUCUCUUCUCAAGGGCCUUAGCUGGGGAAUCUCUCCGGAGAUUUUUUACUUUUUGUUUAGUUUUUAAUUGGGCAAUGAGCUAAGCAGGUUUUUUUUCUGGCUUGCAGGAUGAACUAGAACAGGUUACUGCUUUCUGGGUAGCAGGCUUUCCCCCUACCCUACAUACCAUCUGCACAGGUAGAAACUGGGAUGUAGCUUCUAGAUGAAGAGCGUGUACUGUGAUGAAGUUUCAGUCAGAAGGAGAAGCAAGCUUGUGUAGGUAUCUUAACAGUAGAAAAUAAUGUGAAAUGAAAUCCCAGGAGAAGGGGUUUUGCUGAGAAAACAAAUCGUGUUUGAUUGGAUGGAAAUCUCACUUUUGUCCAGUGUUUGGGAGAAUGCAAAGAUGCAAAAGGAUUUCUUUUCUAUCCUACUCCUGAGUUGGCUGAGGAUAUCCUCAGCAGAUACUGGCUAGACUUGUGGAGACAGUCCUUAAUCUGCUUAUAAGACAGACCAUGUUUGGGAUAUGGUACAUACACCUGGGAGUAAAGCGUGAGGCUGGAUGAAAAAAGGAGAGAACCUUGUUGAUUUGGGAGGUAGGGUUGUGGGCUGGCUGCUGUUAGUCCCACAGUCUGAAUGCACAGGGCUGUGUGUCAGUGGGGGGCACUGGUACCCUGCAGUGUAUUGAGUAACUGCCAAUACGUUUCUGUACAUGAGCAUUUGGUUCCAUAAGGAACUUUGGAGAAACCUGUGGAAAAACUAUCUGAAGAAAACCAAAAUGCCAAACGUUGGAUGUUUCUUUCCUUUCUUCUUUCCUUUUCUUCCUUUGGUUGUUUUAAUUGUUCUGUGGUGGUUUUAAUGGAUUUGAGACAGUGGAGCAGCAGCUGCCUUUCUGAUUUUUGGCUGCUUUUUGUGAAUAAUUUAAAAAGAAAAUUUACAUUUUGGAGACAAACCUGUGGGCUUUUUUAUUGGUACAAACAUUGUAUUUAACACUAGGGGUUUUGUACAGUUUUUUGCCUUUUCUACUAGAAAACAAUGUAAAGUGAUUCACAAUGUGACGAGAAAACAAAUUGCCACUAUGACCAAAUGUAGAGUCUGUUCUGCAGUAAUGGGAUUUAAUCAACUCGAAGUCGUGGUUCAGUCGUAGAAAUGCUUUUCUUUACCUUGUUUUGAGCUGUUCCUUUUAUUAUUUUUUUUCUUGUUUUGAUUUGCAAAACAAAAAUGUCUUUUUUGUGUGAAAUUGUGUUGUACUCUGUAGAGAAUUACAGAUUUUACUUUAAUGGUUUAAAAAACAGAGGAGCACGUGUUGCUUUUCUGAUCCGAUGGCAGAGUUUGUGUAGUGGAUUUCAAGAUGAAAAGAUUUGUUACAAGUUUGGAACGAGCGAGUAUGUGUUAAAGGAAUUUUCUUCCUUUUGUGUGUGUGUUUUUUUUUCUUUUUUGUCCCAAAGGGCAACUUAAAGCUGUUUUAAUUGCACAGACACACCGACAACAAGUCAUUUUGUAUAUGCCAAGUGUGGUACCUUCCUUUGUUUAUUUGCUAUUAAACUGUUUGA